AUGUUCUCAAUAUUUUUGGACGUUCAAAUUUUACUGAUGUUAUUUGCAAUCAUCGAUAGAACUUCAUCAUUUAUUAUGAAACCAUCGAUAGCUAAUAAAAAUGAAGAUAUUAAAGGAUGCACAACAAGUUUUAAAGAGUUAAAAAGCAAAGAAUUAGCUGUGAAUUAUUGUGAAAAGACCACGGACUUAUCUUUGGACAGCUUUACAAGUUAUCUGACUGAAAACUCAUCAUAUUUUAUUAUUACAAUAGAAUUAAACAUCCUGAAUGAGAACCUUAAAACUAGAUUGAAAAAAGUCAUACAUGAGAAGGUGCCACAUCCAGUCAUAUUGAUAAUUUAUAGUCGAUCCGAUAAAAAGAAGCAAUAUUAUGUAAAAGACUCGAGAAAACCGAAAAAAUACAAGCAAGACUAUAUUGAAAAUUUCAUAAACGAGAUCGAAUCAUUUGACUCUAAAAUUAAUGAUUUUGAAUUUCAAGUAUUUCAUUCAAAUACUUUAAAUGAUGCAAUUAAAAACGAUUGUGAUUUUUGUAUUAGAAUUGCGAUGCUGAAAGAUGAACGAUUUCUGAUUUAUUCGAAACUUAAUAAUAUUGAGGAAAAUUAUGACUUAACAUGCAAUUCUUAUUGCUUCAAGGCAUUACUAGAUUUACCAUACAAUUUUAACUUUAAUGAGUCACAUGCUGGCUUGUAUAAUUCAUCAUUUAAGAACUAUAUCGAUGAGAUUAGAGAAGCAGCUAAAGAAGCAAUAUUGAAAACUCAAUAUCACGUAGAAAUUAAUUUUAAAUUCGAUGAAAUCACAGCACUAGCUUGGAAGGAAGCAGAAUAUCAGAUUUUUGAAUUUUUAAUACGCAAUGAUUUUCCAUAUCCUAAAAACUUCUUACAAAGUCGUAAAAAUGGAUUUAACAAUGAAAUUAAAACUAAUCAAUAUGUUCAAAAUUUGGAGAAUUACAUUAUUGCUAUUGAAGCUUUUCAUCGUGACAUUAAGGAUGGAAAUUUAGAUAAAGUUGAGCAAUUUAUAGCAAGUGAUCGGCAUCUAGUAUUUGCAAGGAACUUAGACAACAAGAGUGCAUUAAAAACUGCUUCAGAUAUUGAUAAUGAUGAAACCUUUGCUUAUAUAAAAUCUAAUGGACUAAGUUUUGCAACCUAUCAAGAAUUAGAUGAUUACUUUCAGCCCUUAAAAUUCAUACCCAUGGAGGAUGACAGAAAAUUCAAAAUUUUCUACUUUAAUAGAAAAUUUUCGACAUCAAUUAUUGAAAAUGAUUCUGUAAAAAAGCUACUGCAUAAGUCAAAAUACAUUUAUGAUCAUCAUAUCCACACUCAAAAGGAUAUUGAGGACUGCAUUGAACAAGCUUAUAUCAAAAUUAAUCAAACUUUUCCAGAUUUAUUGACAGUCGUGUCAUAUUCAACUGAUGUAGAAAUUAUCUUUGACUUUAUCAAUUCAGAUAUUAUCGAUUUAAUACCAACAUAUAAGUCUCUAGGUGUCACUUUUUAUGAAAUCAAAAUUAUCGUUAUAGGUGCAAAAAACUUAUUAAUUAAUAGUCAAAUUAAGUCAAAUAAAGCAUUAGGAACUGUUGCAGAACUAAUAGCUAGAGUGCCUAGCAUUCUUUUGACUAAUAGACACAAUCAAGUUUAUAUUGAAAAUGUAAAAACAACAUUCAAAGACUUGUUCCUGUUUUACUACAAUUAUGUUCUACCUGAUAUGCAAGACUACAUUCAACAGAUUGACACAAAAGAAAAAGUCAAGGAAUUAAAUAUUUGGUUGGAUUUGAUCGCGCAACUUAAAGCUGAUAAAUCAAUCGAUGUAAAUGCGACAGAUGUGAGUGACAUCAAAAGCUAUCUCAAUGAAAAGUUCAAAAAGGAUUAUAAAAUUUUUACAAAAUUUAACUCAAAAUCAGUCAUUCUUAAGCUUUAUUAUGAGCUGGAACAAUCCAAAAAUAUUGCAGUAUUUAUGCCAAUUUCAUUCUUGCAGAGAGAAAAUUUUGAGCUUUUUAUGUAUAAAAUUUUUACAUUUCCGGUGGAUGUUUCUUUAAUUCUUCAUUCUAGCACAAAAGUUGACGUGAAAGUGUUGAUAAAAAAGUUUGGCUUGUCAACUUUAAGAAAGAUUUUUGUUAUUCAAGAAAUACCUGAGUUAAUUAACCAAAUUGAAUCAACUGAACGAGCUACGACAACUGAAGUGAAUCUAACAACUGAGUCACUUAUGUCAACUCAUGCAACUACAGCCACAAUAGAAACUGAAAAUCCAGAUUUAACUGAGAACACUGAGUUGACUGAACCAACAACAGAGCUAACAAUGUUAACUGAACCGGCUCAUGAACCGGAUCAUGAGGCAGAUCAAGCGACUGAUCAAUUCAAAGUGACGAGAUUUUGGAAGUGA